CUCUCAAAAGCUAACCUCAUUUGUAAUUUUCCGACAUUGACAACAGUAGUACGUCGACGUUGCUGUCGAUUAACAAAAUAUUUUAAUUACUAAUAAACAUAAAUAGUAACUGUUAUUUCAUAAAAAUGAGUGUACAAAAUGCUAAAAGAACGAUAUAUGUUGGUGGUUUAGCAGAAGAAGUAGAUGAAAAAAUACUAAAUGCAGCCUUCAUCCCUUUUGGAGAAAUAGUUGAUAUUCAAAUUCCAUUAGAUUAUGAAUCGGAAAAACACAGAGGAUUUGCUUUUAUAGAAUUUGAAACUGCGGAAGAUGCUGCUGCUGCUAUUGAUAACAUGAAUGAUUCGGAAUUGUUUGGGCGUACAAUCAGGGUAAAUAUAGCCAAGCCCCAAAAAAUUAAAGAAGGUUCUUCAAAACCUGUUUGGGCUGAUGAUGUCUGGCUGCAAGAACAUGCAGGUGAAACUUUAGAAAAAAAUAAUGAAACAUCUAAACAAGAUGAUGAAAACUCUGGUAAAAAAGGAAAACAAAAUCCUCAAGUGUACUUUGAUAUAAGCAUUGGCAAACAAGAAUUAGGUAGGAUAAUUAUGAUGCUGAGAGCAGACAUUGUACCAAAAACUGCAGAGAAUUUUAGAUGUUUAUGCACUCAUGAAAAAGGCUAUGGUUACCAAGGCAGUAUAUUUCAUAGAAUCAUUCCAGAAUUUAUGUGUCAAGGAGGAGAUUUUACAAAUCACAAUGGAACUGGUGGUAAAUCUAUUUAUGGGCAAAAGUUUGAAGAUGAAAAUUUUGAGCUGAAACAUACAGGACCAGGAACCUUAUCAAUGGCUAACUCAGGACGAAACACAAAUGGUUCACAAUUUUUUCUUUGUACAGCACGCACAGAAUGGCUCGAUGGAAAACAUGUUGUAUUUGGACAUGUUCUUAGUGGAUUAGACGUUUUAAAAAAAAUGGAAAAAUACGGAACAAAAGGCGGUACGCCUACACAUAAAGUUAUGAUUUCAUCUUGUGGAGAAUUGACAUAAUAUUAAUUUUAGAUAUUUUU